AUGGUAAGAUGUGAUAGACAGGCGAUAUGCGCAAAUUGCGUGGACGCGAGAGUUGAGUGCCGGAGAAACCGGCGGCCCAAAGCCCCAUCGAAACCAAAGGCUCCAUCACGCAUCCUGUCUCCUGGAGAGCGGGUUUCACACCUGGAAAGAUUGACAAAUCAGCCUAGGGGAAACAGUCAUAGUCUGACUGUACCCAAUACGAUGUACAAUGAACCUAAUGAUACAAACGAAUUAGACAAAGAGACUUCCGCAGAGAGGAGGAAAUUCUUCUCACCGCGCAAACAGGCCAAGGUUAUUCUUCAGAAUGAGCUGAGCAUCGACAGUGAUCUGAUACCUGACCGGCGGACAAUCCUCAGGUCCGCUUUAGAUCUAGUUGAAAAGGUGGCGAACAGGAAGAACUUGGACUUGGGCGGAUCUUCAUUGCUCAGGAUGGCCGAAACCCACUACGAAGGCAUUGAGGUUCCAGACGUGCCUCCACCAGAAUUGUUGUACAUGCUUCUUCGAGAGCAAUCGCCGACAUUGAAUGUUGGAAAAUACGUUCAAGUUCAAUGGCCUGACCAUGUCACUGGCAAAUCGCUGGAAAAAAUGGCCACACGACUUUUGAACGGUGAUGCCCACGGACAGCUAUACCAUCAGCUCUGCAUCUGUAUUUAUGUAAAGGCUGUAUGUCAUGUAGAUCAGCUAUCAAGGUUGUCAAAUAACGCCACCCUCUCAAAACAACUUCUGGGCUCUAAGAAGGUGUAUGAGUCCGCUGCCAUUCGAGCGCUUAGAGAGAUCGACAUCUGCACCACACCAAGUUUCACGUUGAUUCAAUCGCUCAUAUCUGGUGCCAAAUUGAUGCAACAAACCGGCAGGAUGAAUCAAUGCUGGGUGCUCAACUCGUAUGCGGCACGUUUGAUUGUCGCCUUGAACUAUCAUGAAAUCGACCAUUUGACCCCCGACAAUGAGGAGAUCUUGAGUGCAGUGUUCUGGUGUUACUAUCUUGACAGGACUCUAAGUUCCCUCUUUAUACGGCCAAUGUCGCUACCGGAGCCGUGUAUGCCUCUCGACCAGAUGCUUCGGAAGGAUGAGGCAAUGGCAUAUGGCACCGUGGUUGAAAUUAUCUCGGAUCUAGCUCAAGUGCAGGGCGAGUUACUAGAUAUCUCCCUUAAUGGGAAGCGCAGGUAUGCCACUGAAAUAUCAGCCAGGUGUGAACACCUCCGAUCAAGAAUGCAUGUGAUACAUAAUAAAAUGGAAGCUGCCGGUCAUUCUAUAAUCGAUACCAUUGUCAACGAAUGGCACGGGACAGAAUUUUGUUACUAUGCGAUUUUGGUCGAUGUUCUUCGGGCACAGCUGAAGCAUGACCCAAAUGCGGCAGCAUAUAAAGAGUGUUUAUCGGCUGCCAGGACCUCGCUACGAGCGUUUCAGCUUAUCCAGAAUAAUCUUGCAGACGUACCCGGGAUCGAGGGUUCGUAUCCGUCGUUCUUGACAUGGACCGUUUUCUUAUACCCACUCAGUCCAUUCUUUGUUCUCUUCUGUAAUGUGGUCCGUACCACCGACUCCGGUGACUAUCUUUUGUUGCAGGAAGUCACUCAAGGGCUAUCGCAAUAUACCGGCAACACUCAUGUGAUGAACAUGUUAGAUCUGUUAAUGGCCCUUCAGAAACUUUGCGAGCCAUUGUUCCAGACCGCACUGUCUCAGAAUGAGCAGGCUCCGCCUGUGUCAGCGACCCAUCCCGCCGUGGACAGUCUUCCAUAUCAGGUUCUAGCCCCAGACACGGUGGAUGGUGUCGGAGGUGUACAACCCAUAGGGUUCUCAACUCUGGGUGCUGCUGAUUCCCAAAUAUUGGCAACCGAAAGCCCACUUGGCUUAUCUACCGAUGAAUUGAUGUGGCAGCUGUUCAAUAGCCAACUCCCACUGGGAUGGUACGAUAUGGACAUGUCGUCCUUCAACGGGCAGUAA